AUCGACCAAAUCUCAUAUUGAGCUUUUUCUCAGACCGUAACCAGCUGUAGAAGCAAGCAGCAUGACAGUGAUGGGUACUUUUCUGUGCCAUCCAUUUUUGUGAGGUGCAUAAACGUUGGUGGGGAGGAGAGAAAUUAAAGGUCAGAAGCUGACUAAAAUGUACAUUGGGACUGUCCACAUACAAGUGCUAUUACAGACGCUUUAAAUCACUUGUGAUGGCAACAGUUUAUUUUGGUUCAGAGCGGGAUGUAAAGUGAUAUGACACAUCUGAGGAUGAUCAGUUUCCAGAAGGGAAAUGCAUGACAGUACGAUAAAAGUCCCCCAGAUGCAAGCCCUGCCCUGAAUAAAAUGCAGGAAAGGACUGAGCCACCCCACCAAAGAGCAGGCAGACAGCAAGGCACAGAGAGUGAGAGAGAGAGAAAGACACCCAUUUACAGCUUUACUGCCUUGAGUCCGUCAGACUUACUCUCACUGCCACCUCUAUCUUAUCCUCUCCCUCUCUUUCUCUUGGUAGUCUUUUUGAAUCUUUCUCUUACACAGACACACAGGCACUCAUUGAAAUACACUCAUUCAACUCAGCUCAUUCACAGGCACGGGUCAGGCAGCCUCACAUUUCACCUUGCUCUGCCCCUGGCUGAGAGGAGAGAGCCCUGCAAGGUGCAACCAUCACACAGGAUCCCGCAACUCUAUCAGCUUGGACUGAGGGACCUGGAUGCUCCAGGACAAUCUAACAAGAUCGAGACAUUUCUUUGGGAUGGAACUGCAAAAUUCCCAUUCAUCAUUCUGAAGAGCAAGACCAACAGACAGCUGGUUAAAAGACAAAAGUGAUACACUUGAAUUUGAAAUUGGUCACUCAGGAUUUUUUUACUCUCUCUUCCCAUGUUCCUGCUUAUGGGUUCUGCGUGAGGCAGAGUGCCCUGCGAAGACCAGCAUCAUGCCGACUACUUGUGCAAGGUGCACCUUGGGAGUCUGACCCAUCAUGUGCAAAUGGACACCUUCUACCGCUGGUCUCCACUCCGACCUCACCUUUGCCGGCUCAGCCCUCCCUUCUUAUCCUUUUCCCUUGUUAUGCCUGUCCCUGCUCUUUCUGGCUUGCUCUUCUCUUGGAGGUUGCCCACCUGCACUGGGGCAUGACCCCCUUCAUGCGCUGGCACAGGGCACAAACUGCUCGUGGACACUGGAGCGGCACACGCGCAGCUACAACCACCUCGAGGGUGACGUCCGCCUUCGACGCCUCUAUUCCGCCAACAAGUUCUUUCUCUGCAUCGACAAGACAGGCAAGGUGGAUGGCACCCGUCGGAAGAAUUACCCUGACAGUCUGAUGGAAAUCCGAUCUGUCAGUGUGGGAGUUGUCGCCAUCAAAUCUGUCAGCACCGGCCUGUACUUAGCUAUGUCCAAAAAGGGAACGCUCUUCGGAUCGGUCAGAUACAGCCCCAGCUGCAAGUUCAAAGAGCGCAUCGAAGAGAACGGCUAUAACACCUACGCUUCCCUGCGCUGGAAGCACAGGGGGAGGCAGAUGUUCGUGUCGCUGAAUGGCCGAGGGAAACCCCGCAGAGGCCACAAAGCUAGACGGAGACACCCAUCUACUCAUUUCCUCCCUAUGCUGGCCACAUAGCUGGACUCUUCCUCAUGAGCAAUGCUAUGCCAUCUACAUUUGAUGGGGACUUAUUAAAUGUUAUUAAGUUCUGGUUUCUGUUUUUUUUUUUUUUUUUCCUGAGUACUGUCGCACAGUACAUUAACUUAUUACUCUGUCUUCUGGCUCAGCUUAAGACCCAGUACAGUUUAAAGCAAGGGUGUUAAUAUGAUGUAUAUACAGGUUACAUAUUAAUGUUAUUGUUGAGUUAACUAGGCAUUUACUGCAUCUAUCUGUUAUCUUAUUAUGGCAGAUUUCUGACUGACAUCACCAACCUUUGUAAAAAACAUACUGUACAUACAAUUCACUGCAGUUUCCAUCUGAAAUGAACACUAGUGGUAGUAAAACGGUGACACCCUUUUAUUCCUUUUCACACAAAUUAUGAUUAUGAGGCAUUUUGUCCAUUAUAAAAGACUGUGCUUUUCUCAUCUUAAGACAAAGAAACUCUCAAAACAACUUUUACCACACUGUAUGAUUUAUAAGCUCACAUUUUAAUGUUUGCAUCGCAUUACCAGCUCUACCAUUCAAAAGUUUGGCUUUAGUAUUUUUUUACUUUAUUUUAAAAUAAAUUAAUACUUUUAUUUGGCAAGGACACAUGGUCAAAUUGGUCAAAGGUGACAGUGAAGACAUUUAUAAGAAAAUAUUUCCAUUUUAAAUUAGUCCUGUUCUUUUAUUGUUAAUCAAAGAAUCCUGAAAUAAAUGUAUCAUGGUUUUUAUAAAAAUAUUAAGCAGCACAACUGUUUUCAACAUUUAUAAUAAUGAGAAAUGUUUUUGGAGCACAACAUCUGCAUAUUAAAAUGAUUUCUGAAGGGUCAUGUGAAAAUUCAACUUUGAAUUCAGCAAUAAAUUACAUUUAAAAAAAAACUAAAAUAGAAAACAGUUCCUUUAAACGGUAAUGGCUGUCAAUAUUACUGUUUUACAGUAUUUUUGAUCAAAUAAAUUCAGCCUUGGUGAGCAUAAGACAUGAAAAAAUCGUAUAAACUGCAGUGUGUAUGUUCAAAUAUGUAAAACACGACACUCAACAGAUGACCUCAAAGUGUAGAAUAGAAACAAGUUAAAAUGUCGUGGUUGUUACGGUGUAGUUUUAAUCUCACACUUAUUUGAUUUGGGAUUUGUUUCAUUUCGCAGUCAAUAGAGAAUUAAACUUUUAGUGCCAUUCACCUGACAUUUCAUUUCCGACUUGUCUGUAGGAACCGGUUGUGGCUAGAAGGGACACCGCUAACACCGGAAGCUAACAAUAAAUUUCAUUUUCGGUAACACUUUAGAAUAGGGAACACUUAUUCACUAUUAACUAUGACUUUUCCCUCAAUAAAUUCCUAAUUUGCUGCUUAUUAAUAGUUAGUGUGGUAGUUGUUAAGUUUAGGUAUUGGGUAGGAUUAGGGAUGUAGAAUAAGGCAUUAAUAUGUGCUUAAUUACUACUAAUAAAUGGCUAAUAUUCUAGUAAUAUGCAUGCUAAUAAGCAACUAGUUAAGAGACCCUAAAAUAAAGUGUUACCUAAUUUUCUACCUAUUAGAUUGUGUUUUAUUAACGUCUCAUCUACCCCAACUCUAAACCUACCCCUUACAAUAAUGCAAAAACAGUAAAUAUUGUUGUACAUUGUGACAAAAAUUAUGCUAUAUUGAUGUGUGCAUGCCCAGUAGAUGAAUCUGUAUAAAAUCUAGCCUUAACCAUAGGAACCAGUGAAUUGCAUCACAUUCGUUUGUUCUGGUGAAAACAAAAUGCACCAUUUCAUUUGGAAACUGCAGUGAUACACGUAAAAACAAAUGCAAUAUCAUUUUGAAAAACUGCCACCAUUGACUUUUUUUUUUUUUUUCAUGAGACUGGGCUGGACAUCACAGUUGGUGACUGGUAAUUUUCAAAAGCAACUAUAGAAAAUGGUUGUUUGAAAACAAACUGUUGCAUCUUGAAAUAACUUGGCAGCUACAGUAUCAGUAUGAAAGCCAUUUAAGUACAGAAAGAAUUGUGACUUUCGCCAAUUAAUUUCUUGUAAUUGGAAUGGUGUAACAACAAGAUUCUCACAUAUUACCCUGCCAACAUGCACUGUAAAGACCAAUAAUGCAAAAUAGAAGAACAUAUAACAUCACAGAUAGACAAAAAGUCAGGCAAAUGCAAAUAGAUUAAGUACUCAGAUCAACUUUUAGCAUAACAGACUUCCCGUAACGCUCUGAAAAGGUGUUUUAUACCCAUGUGUUCUUACUGUCACAUUAACAUGUUUUCUUUUCACAACUUGUCAUAAAAUAGAACAUUUAAUAUAUUUCAACCUU